AUCCACAUCAACCUUUUGAAUUUUGGACACAUAUUAUAAGUUUUGUUUUCCUUUACUGGACAAAAAACAUGAGGUAAUCCUUAAGGCGCAUGUACCAUGAAAUAUUAGUACUUCAAAACGAUACUAUAUAAGGGGCAACAUCUUGCAUUCCAUUACUUCAUAAAACAGAGAAAUCAGAAAUGGCUUCAAAUGGAGCAAAUUAUCAAAAGCCCCAUGCGGUAUGCAUACCAGCACCAGCUCAGGGACACAUUACCCCAAUGCUUCAACUUGCCAAAAUCCUUCAUCACAGAGGUUUCUACAUAACUUUUGUUAACACUGAGUACAACCAUAGAAGGUUGCUCAAAUCCAGGGGGCCUAAUUCCCUGGAUGGUUUGCCUGAUUUCAAGUUUGAGACCAUUCCGGACGGCCUGCCUCCCUCUGAUGCAGAUUCCACUCAAGAUAUUAUCGCCGUAUGUGAUGCCAUCUCCAAGAACUUCAUUGGCCCUUAUUCUGCUCUUCUUUCUAAGCUCCAAAACUCUGCCCCGGAUAUCCCUCCAGUGUCUUGCUUAGUCUCUGAUACUGUCAUGACUUUCACUCACGAAGCUGCCGAACAGUUUGGCCUCCCAAACGUGCUUUUCUGGACGGCUAGUGCUUGCGGUUUGUUGGGUUUCAACCAAUUUCGACCCCUCAUUGAAAAGGGAUACAUUCCAUUGAAAGAUAUGAGUCAGGUAACAAAUGGAUACCUGGAAACAACACUUGAUUGGAUUCCAGGCAUGAGACAAGAUAUAAGAUUGAGGGAUAUUCCAAGCUUCAUCAGAACCACAUCAGCUGAUGAUUUUAUGCUCAAUUUCCUCGCUAAUGAAGUCGAAGAAAUUUCUAAAGGGACGAUUCUGCUAUUGAACACUUUUGAGGAGUUGGAGCAUGAUUCCCUGAAUGCAGUAUCCGGCAUAUAUCCACCUGUUUACGCCAUCGGACCAGUAUCCUUACUACUCGAUCAGAUCGAAGAUGAGAAACUCCAAUCCAUCAGUUCAAGUCUCUGGAAAGAAGACACUGGAGUGGUCGAUUGGCUCAACACCAAAGAACCCAACUCGGUGGUUUAUGUCAACUUCGGAAGUAUCACUGUGAUGACUGCUAAUCAACUCACUGAAUUUGCUUGGGGACUUGCCAACAGCAAGAAACCAUUUUUAUGGAUCAUUAGGCCUGAUAUAUUGGGCGGCGAUUCUGCUGUUCUGCCACCGGAAUUCAUGACGGAAAUCGAAGAAAGAAGCAUGAUUGCGAGCUGGUGCCCGCAACAGCAGGUCCUGAGACACCCUGCAAUUGGAGGGUUCUUAACGCACAGCGGAUGGAACUCUACUUUGGAAAGCAUCUCCGGCGGGGUUCCGGUGAUUUGCUGGCCGUUCUUCGGUGAGCAGCAGACAAAUUGCAGAUACAGCUGCGUAGAAUGGGGAAUUGGAAUGGAAAUCGACAAUGAUGUGAAGAGGAAUGAAGUUGAGGCACAAGUAAGAGAGCUGAUGGAAGGUGAGAAGGGACAGAAGAUGAGGAAGAAAGCUCAAGAGUGGAAGAUCAAAGUAGAAGCAUCCAUAACAGGGCCUCAUGGAUCUUCUUACAAUAAUUUGGAGAAGCUUUUCAAAGAGAUUCUUCCAUCAUCAUAAAUUGACUUUUGUCCAUCGAACACUUGUACUUCAUAUCCUUUUGAUGUUUGUAUCAUCUGAAUUUUAUUUACUAAUUUUAGUUUAUUAUCAUCAGUAUUUUUUUCAAAUUUUUGUAGAUUUGCAACCUUUUUUAUUUACUAAAUAAUUCUGUUUUCAUUGUGCUACGCGCGACCAGUUCUUAUUUUGAGCUGAAAAGGACCAUCACCUAUUUAAUUUCUUCCCUAAUAAGCUUGAUAUGUCUGAUGCACUCAAAAGUUUGAUUUGUGAUAUUUCUGUGUAAAUUUCUACCUUUUUUAACACAUAAACACAAUCAUAUAGUUUUA